CAAGGGGAAGUUGGGAACAACUGGAUGUCAGGAAGUGAAGUGAAGACUCCACGUUGUCUAUGAGAAGCUGAGGAGACAGACCAAAAGGGAUGGAUUUAUAAUUCAUAUAGACCAUCAGCAUUCUGCUUUAAAAGGAUUUUUUUUUAAUCCAAAGAAAUCUAUAAAAAGGGAAUAAAAGGCCAAGAGUGCAUUGCAAGAGUAAAUAACCGACUGCAUUCGAAGAAAGGAAGGCUGAAGGGAAAUCAAACAAAACCAAGAUAUAUUUAUUUGCUGAACCUGAAUCUCUUUUAUAUACAGUUUUCCUUCCUUAUCCAAAAUAGUAUUUAUCAGACUUUUGCCUGCCGUUGCACAGAAGUUUACAUACCCAAAAGGCCCCGCUCACGAAGAAAGCGCCACAAAAUCUGUUACUCCAACAAACAGUGGGAUUCAAAAUUAUAUCUAUAUGUGUAUAUAGAGAGAAAAACUUUUCCCACGAUGACUCUUCUAUCCUAUGGAUAUCGGUUUUGAGAUAACAGAUGAGGAUUGUUGGCGACUUUUGGAAAUCGUGCUGGUGUUGUGGGCCAUGGGCUGUAUUCAGAGCAUUAGCUGCAAAUCAAAAGGUUUUCGGGAGAGUAUUACUGUCGUUGAAGUUAAGGCCUCCAUCGACCCUGUCCCUACCAACAUCGAUGAGUCAUCCAGUGUGGUUCUGAGAUACCGGACCCCGCACUUCCGGGCUUCUGCUCAGGUGUUGGUGCCUCCUCUCCCCAGGAAAGAGACCUGGAUCGUGGGCUGGAUCCAGGCCUGUAGUCACAUGGAGUUCUACAAUCACUACGGGGAACACGGAAUGUCAAGCUGGGAACUCCCAGACCUCCUCGAGGGCAAGAUCCAAGCGAUCAGCGACUCGGAUGGGGUCAAUUACCCCUGGUAUGGGAACACCACAGAGACCUGUACCAUCGUGGGGCCCACCAAGAAGGAAGGGAAGUUCAGCGUCAGCAUGAACGAUAACUUCUACCCAAGUGUCACCUGGGCCGUCCCAGUGAGUGACAGCAAUGUGGCCAAGCUCACAAGCAUCCACAGGGAUCAGAGCUUUACUACUUGGCUGGUUGCCACCAACACGGCCACCAACGAGAUGGUCAUCCUUCAGACAAUCCGGUGGCGGAUGAAGCUGGGCAUCGAUGUGACCCCCAGCAAACCUUUGGGGCACCGUGCCAAGCUGAAGGAGCCCCAUGCCCAGGAGCAGCCACAGAUCCUAAGCAAGAAUGAGCCAAUACCACCUAGUGCCCUCGUGAAACCCAAUGCCAACGACGCCCAGGUGCUCAUGUGGAGGCCUAAGGACGGGCGCCCUCUAGUGGUGAUACCUCCAAAGCAUCGGAACAGGAGUGUUUUCCCCUCUAAUGAUACGGGGCAGCCAGCGUUCAGCACGGAUCACUUGGGAUCGGGGCAAUAUAGGGGUCCCUUCUUCACCAAAGGGGGAGCCCAGUGUGCGGUUUGGUUUAAAAUUUAAAAAGAAACGGAAGUGGGGAGGGGAGACCACAUUUUCAACUCAACAUGCAGGAUUCUAAAAU